CAAAUGCAGCGAAACGUCAAAUCGGCGCACAAUCAUCGCGUUUAUUCGAAGUAGUUUUUUACAUGAAUCACAAUUUUUCAUGAUUUUCGUUUUCUAAACAAAGUCAAAUAUUCCUUCAACGAUGAGUGACGAUCAGCCGGGACCCCGGACAGAGUACAAGCUGGAAACGGAUUCGGAGCUUCGCUUCGAAAUGGAGAACGGGAACGACAAGGUUACAGUAACGCUUCUCAACGGCCACGCCGAGCUGUACGGCACUGAGCUGGUCAUGAAGAAGCCGUACGAGUUCGGAGUCGGAGCCAAGGUGGCCAUUUUCACUUACCAUGGAUGCACAAUUGAACUUCGCGGAAAGCCGGAUGUGGCGUAUGUGGCAAGGGAAACUCCAAUGGUGCAGUAUUUGAACUGCAAUUCGGCACUGGAACAUCUGCGCACGAAGGCCGAAGAGGACGACGUCCGCGGACCGGUGGCAAUGGUUGUGGGACCAAUGGAUGUGGGGAAAUCGACGCUUUGUAGGAUUUUCUUGAAUUAUGCUGUUCGGCUUGGGAGAAGGCCCAUUUACGUGGAUUUGGAUGUAGGGCAGGGAGGAAUUGCCAUUCCGGGGACGAUUGGGGCUCUUUUGGUGGAGCGACCGGCUCCAGUUGCGGAGGGCUUUUCCCAGCAGGCGCCUUUGGUGUAUCAUUUUGGCCAUACGAACCCGUCGGAAAAUGAUGUCUUCUACGAUGCCCUGAUUACAAAGCUGGCCGAAACGACAUUGGAACGAUUGCAAGCCAACAAGAGGGCGAAGCACUCGGGAAUGAUCAUCAAUACUUGCGGAUGGGUGAAACAAGGCGGAUACCAUCACAUCCUACACGCUGCCAAAGAAUUCGAGGUCAAUGCCAUCUUUGUACUGGAUCAGGAGAGAUUGUAUAACGAGCUGCUGCGAGACGUUGCCUCAAAAACCGUUCAGGUGGUCUAUUUGCCGAAAAGCGGAGGCGUUGUAAAACGCACAAGAUCCCAAAGAGCGGAAGCUCGCGACAAUCGCAUCCGGGAGUAUUUCUACGGCUCCAAGAUGCCCCUCUAUCCGCAUUCGUUCGAUGUGAAGUUCAGCGAUGUGAAAAUCUUCAAAGUGGGUUCCCCAGUGCUGCCCGAUUCGUGCCUUCCCCUCGGAAUGAAGAAGGAGGACAAUUUCACCAAGCUAGUAGCCGUCCAGCCGAGCAUGCAGCUGUUGCAUCACAUUUUGGCCGUCAGUUUUGCCGAAAGCAUCGAGGAGAACGUCAUCCAAAGCAACGUGGCCGGGUUUAUUUGCGUAACGGACGUCAACAUGGAGAAGGAAGUACUGACGAUUCUGUCACCCCAGCCGAGGCCGUUGCCGCAGACGAUCCUGCUGGUGUCUGAUUUACAGUUCAUGGAUAGUCAUUGAGGUUGGGUAAGUGUAGAUAAGAAUUGAAUAAAUAUAUACAUAAACAAUCAAA